CCACACUAUCGAUUCGACUUACCAGCCGUUUCGAAUAAGUCGCUCGAUUCGACUGCACGUAGUGGACCAUAUCGCUUAGGUCUUCCUUUUGCGCGUUUCACUUCGGCUUACCACAUCUGUACAAAAUGACAGCCUGAUUCAAUCGCUAUAUGUCCUCUUAAUGAGAUCCUCUAGGUCAUAUGCUGAAAGUAAUGAUGCAUCCUUGGAUAGUGUCACGGAAUUCGUGGUCAACAAGGAAUGGAGAUUGGUGAAAAGAAUAGGAGCGGGUUCGUUUGGUGAAAUAUUCUUGGCGACUCACAGGAAAACAAACGAGUUGGCUGCAGUGAAACUGGAGGCGUAUAAAUCAGGUGUGCCGGUACAAUUACAAACGGAAUUCCACCUGCUUCGGUCUCUGAGUAACAACCCAGGUAUCACGAAAAUAUAUUGGUUCGGGAGAGAUGGUGUGCAAAAUUUGUACACGGCCUUGGUGAUGGAGUAUUUAGGUCCAAGCUUGGAAGAUUUACACGUGUAUUGUGAGUGCAAAUUUUCGCUGAAAACUGUAGCUAUGUUGGCAGAUCAAAUGAUUAAAAGGAUUGAAACCUUGCAUCGCAACUACCUCAUCCACAGGGAUAUCAAACCAGACAAUUUUGUUAUGGGAGUUGGACCCAAUUUUAACACGGUGUAUGUCAUCGACUUUGGCCUGUCCAAAUACUACAUGGAUCCUAAGACGAAGGAACAUUGCGCCUUCAGAGAUUUCCGAAAUUUAACUGGGACCGCCAGAUACUGUAGCAUAAAUGCACACGCAGGUUACGAACAGUCUCGGAGAGACGAUUUAGAAUCCUUGGGCUACGUAUUCCUCUAUUUCCUCAGAGGAAGUCUACCAUGGCAAGGCCUUCAAGCAGACAGUAAACGAGAAAAAUUUCGAAAGAUCUACAAAACUAAAUUGAGUAUGCGCACCGAGACGCUUUGUCAGGGGCUACCAGAAGAAUUUGCGAAGUACUUGAACUACUGUCGGAAUCUUUCCUUUGAGGAAGAGCCAAAAUAUAAAUAUCUCCGUAGUUUGUUUUGGAAGGUUUUGGAGAAAAAGGCAUGCAAAUACGACUGUCAAUUUGACUGGAAUGAAGGCUUGUUAAGCGCCAGAGACAAGGAAUGAAUGACUAGUAUUUCAGGUCACUAAUAUCAUUCGGCUGCAAAGUAACGCCAAGGCACCUGGCCAACAGUGGAAGCAGAGUUUGUUCAGACAUUUGAAGGGUGCACGCUACCCUUCAGCGACAGGUUCGACUGUCCGGCUUUCCUUAUGCCUCUUUGCGUAGGCUUUUCGGUGGUUAUGCCUUUGUUUUCCCACUUCCAUCUCGAAAGUGAAUUUCUUUACUUUCAAUAAUUGAACGCUACUCGCCUUC